AAAACCGCUCUUUUUUUGAGGUAAAUCCAACUUUCUUCAGGUAAAACCCUCUUUUUUUGAGGUACAUUUUGUCUUUCCUGAGGUGAAUUCGCCCUUCUCUGAAGUCAAAUCUCCUCCCUGAGGUUAAAGGUUUUCUUUCUUGAGGUAAAAGUGCCUUUUCCUGAGAGUAAAAUAUCUUUUCCGUGAGGUAAAAUUGAUCUUUCUGGAGGUAAAACCUCUUUUCCUGGGAAGAAAAUUUCUCCUUCCUGAGGGAAAAAGUUACUUUUCCUGAGGAAAAAUCUCUGUGGCUUAAAAAUCUGCUCCCUGGAGUGAAAAAAAACCCCUCCCUGACGUGAAAAAAACUCUUUUCCUGAGAGAAAAUAUAAUUUCUGGGAGAUAAAAUCAAUUGUUAAUGAGGUAAAAUCUCCCUUUUUUGGGAUAAAAUCCCCUUCUUGAGGUGAAAAAUGACCUCUGUGAUGUGACAAAAACCCUUUUCCUGAGAGAAAAAAUAUUUUCUGUGAGGUAAAAUUGACCGUUAUUGAGGUAAAAUAGACCAUUCUUGAGGUGAAAUCUUUUUUUUUGAGGUAAAAUCCUCUCCCUAAGGUGAAAAAUCAGUUCCAUGAUGUGAAAAACGCAGUCCCUGAGGGAAAAAAAAGUCCUCGUUGAGGUAAAAAUCUCCUUUUUUUGAGGAAAAAUCCCUUUCCUGAGGUAAAAACUCAUCUCCGUGUGAAAAAAAACCUUUUCCUGAGGGAAAAAAAAUCUUUUCUGUGAGGUAAAAUCUUUUGUUAUUGAGGUAAAUCCUCCUUUUUUUGAGGAAAAAUCAUCUCCCUGGGGUGAAAAACCACUUCUGUGAUGUGGAAAACGCUUUUCAUGAGGUAAAAAAUAUUUUCUGUGAGGUAAAAUUGAUCGUUCUUGAGAUAAAAUUGACCGUUCUUGAGGUAAAACCUCCUUUUUUUGAGAUAAAAUCAACUCUCUGCGGUGUAAAAUCAUCUCUGUGAUGUGGAAAAGCCCUUUUCCUUAGGGGAAAAAUCUCUUCUGGGAGGCAAAAUUGAUCAUUCUUGGAGUAAAAUCUCCUUAUUUGAGGUAAAAUCACCUCCCUGGUGUGAAAAAAACCCUUUUCCUGAGGGAAAAGGCCUUUUCCGUGUGUUAAAAUCGAGGUAAAAAUCCCCUUUUCUGUGAGGUAAAAAGCCGGGGGGGGUGUGGGGGCGCCAAAUUCCCUCUCAUUGCCCACUUCCAAAAUGGCGGCGCAUGGGGUGGGCGGUCUAUCUGCCCGCUUCGAAGAUGGCGUCAUGAGCGGCACCCACGCCCCCCUUAUGCCGUCACGUGACAGGAAGCGUCGCUCUAUCCAUCCGCUCCUCACGGGACUCCAUGGUUUUGAACGCCGAGCGGUGUUUGGAACCGGGGCUCCGGUGAACCAUGGCGCAGGCCCGGGGUGUCAACAGCAUCCGGUUCAACCAGGACCAGAGCUGUUUCUGCGUGGCGAUGGAUUCCGGGGUGCGGAUCUUCAACGUGGAACCCCUGAUGGAGAAAGGGCAUUUGGACGCGGAGCAGGUGGGCAGCGUGGGGCUGGCGGAGAUGCUGAACUGCUCCAACCUUUUGGCCAUCGUGGGCGGUGGGAGUCACCCCAAAUUCCCCGACGUCUCAGUGUUGAUUUGGGACGACGCACGGGAAGGGAAAGACAAACUGGUGCUGGAAUUCACCUUCCCCAAACCCGUCCUGGCGGUCCGGAUGCGCCCCGAUAAGUUGGUGGUGGUGCUGCAGAGCCGCCUCUACGUCUUCUCCUUCCCCCAAAACCCCACCAAACUCUUUGAGUUCGACACCCGGGACAACCCCAAAGGGAUCUGCGAUCUCUGUCCCAGUUUGGAGAAGGCCUUACUGGUGUUCCCGGGGCACAAGUGUGGGAGCCUUCAGCUGGUGGACGUGGGUGCGGCCCGGGAGGGCUCCUCGGUGGCCCCGGUGACGGUGGCCGCUCACCAGAGCGAGGUCGGCUGUGUGGCGCUGUCGCCCUCGGGCGCUCUCGUGGCGUCGGCUUCGCGCCGCGGGACCCUCAUCCGCCUCUUCUGCACCCACAGCCGCGCGCGGGUGCUCGAGCUGCGCCGCGGCACCGACCCCGCCACCCUCUACUGCCUGGCGUUCAGCCCGGACUCGGCCUUUCUGUGCGCCACCAGUGACAAAGGCACCGGGCACAUCUUCGCUCUGCGCGACACUCGCCUCAACCGGCGCUCGGCGCUGGUGUGCGUGGGCCCGGUGGGACCGGUGCUGGAACCCUACGUGGAGUCGCAGUGGUCUCUCGCCACCUUCGCCCUCCCCGGAGAGUCCCCCGCGCCGUGCGCCUUCGGCACCGCCGGACGCAGCCCCCGCGCCGUCGUGGGUCAGGGACACCCCAAAACCGUGUGCGGCGAUGGCUCCUUCCACAAGUACGUGUUCAGCCCCGACGGGAACUACAACCUCAAGGCCUUCCAUGUCUUCCUUGACAUCUGCGACGACGACGACUUCUGA